GGCUGAGGUGAGAUGGGCACGAGAGCCGGGAUGAGCAAUCCAGGGAUUCCAGGGAGCUCGGAAUCGCAGCUGCUGCCGGAACCACGGCCUUAGGUCCGCUCCAUCUGCGUCUGUGCCCAGCGGGAUUUGUGCUGGAGAGAGAGGUGCUGUCGGGAACAAAAGGGAGAUGAACACCAACUCACAGCAAUUCAGGCCUGGCAGUUCCCUGCAGCGAGAGCUCAGCACACAUCCACAGAGGCAAGUCCAGCAUCUGAAAGAAGAAAAAUAAACAGCAGAAAAAGGUCUAUUUUGUGAUGAUGGCAUCAGAUGGAGUGCAGCUGAAAUGUGUGACCUGAGCCCCUGGGCAUUCCUGGGAGAUGGUGACUAAGGGACAACAGCCCAGUGAUGGCAGGAAUUUCCCAGAUGGUGAAGCUUUUUUACUGCACACCUGGCAUGGAUUCUCAGACCUGGAUCUCUGACAGAUAAGUGCUGGGCUCCAACCCACAGAGGGGAUGGGAGCGGGAUGCUGGGUCUGGAAUUGUCAGGAGGGAUUUUUGAGGCAGCUUUGGAGCUGGGGAUGUCCAAGAAGCAGCCCCUCAGGCCCCAUAAAAGGAAAAGUCUCAAUUUGAUCUCAAUGCUGAGUUGCACAGGGCAGAGCAGUUCCUCUGGGUGUCAUGUCACUUGUCUCUUGUGCUGUCUGUGUCUUCUGUGUGUGUUGUAUUGCCUGUCUCUUACCUUAGCCCUUUGAGGGACCUGUCAGAAACCCUGGGCUCAUCCAUAGCAUCUUGUGAUCUCUGCAUUCAUCAGCCUGGCUCUGGUGCCAUCAAACCUUGGUCUCAGGAGCUUGGACAGGCAUCUGAAUCUUUUCUCUUUUGAGAAGCAUCCAGUCUCAUCUCUUAAGGUCUUGCUCUGAGCUGUAUUGCCAGCUGUGCACCUAAAGGAUCCAUUACAAGAGAUGAGAAAUUAGAGGAAUGGGAAGAUAAGAGGAUUUUCAGGCAGCUAUCUCUGCAGUUCUUGGAGCAAAUCAUUCUGCUGGCAUCUUUUUCCAGCCUUGUCAGCUUGCUGUCAGUCUUCCCUCAGUGAUCUCAUUUUGCAUUCUCUCAGUCCCCGUGGUUCUUCUUGCUGAGUUUUUUCGUCCCCCUGUCCUCCCCUCAUUUGUCAUGUCCUGUGUCACGGGUGCCUGCACGCAUUUGGUCUGGAGCUGCUCUGCCCUGAUGCAUACUCAAGAUAGGACAAGGUGCAGGGACUUGGGUUUUGUACUGUGGGGUGGUGUUGGACUCUAGAUCAGAUCUGCACAUUCACUCAAGAUGUCUGGGGCUGUCCAGCUAUUAUGCUGGGCUUUAAAUUUUGUUCUAAGUUCUUUUUACCUGCAGUUUUCUGGGGUUUUGGGUAGAAAAUGUGUGGGGAUGUCUCUUAGCUCUCAGGUAACCACUCACUGACCUCCCGCUUCUGUCUCGCAGGUCCCCGAGGCAGAUUUCCAGUUCUCAGCCGCCACCUUUCACAGAACCUAUCCCUCGAUGUCGAGGACCAGCAGCCAGAGGAUGCGGUCAAGCAUCCUGUUCAGUGUACAGUUUCAGGGCAGUGACAGCGAGUACGAGGUGGACCCGGGGCACCAGAAGGGCAUCUCCCGGGCACAGGCUUACAGCUACACCGAGAGCGAUUCGGGCGAGCCCGAGCACACCCCGCUCUCCCACAGCACCUCCACGCAGCAGGGCAGCCUGUUCCGCCCCAAAGCCAGCAGGACUCCCACCCCCCAGACCCCCGGCAAUGCCCCCAGCAGCCAGCCUGGGACCCUGUACUGCCCUCCCAGCAGCCUGGCCCCCGGCUCCAGAGCUCCCAUCGCUGGGUUUUCCUCUUUCGUUUGAUAUUUAAACAGAAGG